AUGGAUUCCUCCACUAAUAUAUCAUCACACCUAUGGAAUCAUCGGGUGCAUGAGCCAUCCAAAGUGCGAGUUCAAAAUGUAGACUCGUUAUAUCUUAUUUCGUAUUGCGACCGUUUGACGCCGAUAAUGGGCAACUAUAAUGUAUAUCUCUACAUCGACAUUCCAACCAUUGACUACUACAAUGAUGAAUUAAAGGAUAAUAGACUAUAUCGAAUAAACAAGAAAUUUAAGUUGCAUAGGCUGAGAGAGAAAAUUUUAAAGAGCAUUGUGGGAGAAAAUGAUGAACUUUGGACCCUUUCAAAACAACUCGCAGGGGAUUUUGACUUUCAUCUGGAAAUCUCAUCUAGUGGUUCCUUAAGAUAUGUAGAGACUGUCAAAUUUUUGAUAGAGACUGUCUGGCAACAGUUAAAGGAAACCUUGGGAGAUAGAUGUCAUAUAAACUACAAGAUCAAAGUAACGCCGACUUCAUUGAAAUGGUUCACGACUUUUCUUUCUAAAGACAUGUUACGUUCCUGUGUUAUUCAUUUUGAUCAAAUAGAUAAUUAUAAUAUGAUCUCUGAAAGCACUACUCCUUUCAAAGAUUAUUAUCGGCGUUUGAAUGAUAAGUUCACGCAUAAAGUGUCGCCUAUGAACUGUGAUUGUAUCAUUGUAGUUACAAAUAAUACUGGUGUCAAAGCGUUACUCACUAUUCUAUCAGAUAAACCUUUAACUGCAUAUCUUUCAGAAGAAUCCUUAGAAACGCUAAACAAUACGUCGCUCAAGAAUAAACGUUCACUUGCUUCGCCUAAUAAUGUGACCCCCACUGACAGUGAAGAUGAGACUCCACUGACUAGAAACUCUUCUUCCAUCUUGAGCUUUCAAAAUACUAUCCUCACCUCAAAUAAAGACAAAUCGGUCCGAGUAAGGUCUUUAUCAAUCAAUAGAAGUUCAAAUAGGGCAACAAAGUUUCAAAGUUCUGAGGCAGGUGGUAUUUUCUCCGAAAGCGAUAAAGCUACUGAUGAUGAAGAUGAAGUUGAUGAAGGCGAUGAUGAUGACUAUGAUGAUGACGAGGAUGAGGAUGAUGACGAAGAUGAUGAUGGUUUGAGCUUUUAUGCUCCAAGUAAACUUUCCUCGUACACAUCUGAUAAUGAGGCCCAAUUGCAAGACGCCGCACGCAUAGGGGGUGGAAGAGUAAGAUCAAUUAGUUUAAUUGAUUCAACUUUGGAAGCACCUUUUUCUAACACAAAAAGGAAUGAACCUCUUUCGUUAGAAAAGAUGGAAGAUGAAAUGUGUUCACCCACAGAGAAUUCUCUUCAAAGUGGUAGAUACACUAAUAUAUACGUGCAUGAUGGCCAAUUUAAUGAAGAUGGUGCAAAUAAUCCGACAUCUCAGCAAAAGAAAAAGAUUGGGAAUUCUUCUUCGUCAGGUAAUAUUUCUCAAGGUCUCAUACCACCUGUUUUUUACUCAAGACUUUCUUCGCCUUCGACAAGUAAUAAUAGUUCGAGCUCUUCGUUGAAUAAUUUAAGCUUGUUACCAGGUACUUUUUCCAAACUGUUGGCACCCAAAGUUGAGCCUCAAGGACAGGCCUCAGCUGACAAUACUGGGGCUUCCUUGUUUGGGAAAGAUUUGAUUAAUAAAUCAUUCGAAGAGGUUAGAAGAAAACCUACCCUCUUAAAAUACGACCCAAUUUCAGAUAAGUUUGGACUUGCUUUAAGUUUCAAUCCGAAUAGAAAAAUACCCGCUUUGGAGGCUGAUGAAGAGGAUAUGCUAAUGUCAGGUCCGCCAGCUUCUCAAGAAGAUGAGACUGUUACCGGGGUAUCUGAUGCGGAAUCAUCAAAUACUCUUCUAUCCAGUAGAAAUCAAAUAUUAAAGGAUCUAGGAUCCGUGUCGCAAGAUAAAAUAUACACGCAUCCGUUGGACAAGUCCUCAUCAGAGUUUCAGAAAAGAGAGCAUGGAUCCAAAGAACCAAGCAAUACAAAGGAAAAUAAAAGUACACCAUAUACUAAGCCCAAGUUUACGCUAGAUCUCUAUGGGGAUGAUGACAUAAAUAAUUCUGGAGGAUGGUUACUAGGCGGUAACGCAAGAUAG